GUUACUGUGGUUGCAUAAUUAUCCUAACCUGUUCAUAAUCACAUAACCUCACCAAUGCUGCUGUAAAAUAUUUAUAAAAAGGAAAAUAAUGGCUUUAGCAGCAAGAAAAGGUCUGUGUGAGGUUACUUCCCCUUUGAUCCAGUUUAAGAGGUUCAGAGGUAAAAUAAACAUUCAAAACCCUCGACCUCCGCAUUUUGAACGAGCCAAAUAUCUUGCACUGACAAAGCCGAUAUUCGUAAGUCCCUAUAAAGACAAACCCCUAACAGAAUUGUGCAGUGGCCCAGGUUCACAAUGGAAGAAAAAAACUGAAGAGAAUCCCUUCCAGGAGAUCAUUGCAGGUGAACUGAAGAAAUGGUUGUUUGAGUCACGGUUGGUGGCAUUUUUUCACAUGAACCCAAUGAAUGCUGACCAGCAGUUUGAUGCAUAUGUGUUGUUUAAGAAGCAACAGAUGCACUAUAAGAAUUUUGGUCACAAAACUGUUGAAUUGGCUGUUAAAAAUACACCCUAUGAAACAAUAUUAGACUUUUAUGUGUCACAUAAUAUGACUGUGUUCUGCAAAGAACCCAAUAUUAAAAAACUUCUUCAAAUCACCAAGAAGUUUCCACAGUUGAUCCUUUUGGCAGGAAUUUAUGAAGGAAAAUUGUUGAGCAAGGAUGAGUUGGUGCAUUUGAGUACAAUUCCUAACUUGGAAAGUGCACAGGCUGGUUUGGUACAGACAUUAAACAAUGUUGGUGGGCAGUUAGUUAAUAAACUUAAUAGCCAUCAAACCAAUUUGGUGUCACAGCUUCAAGCAAGAGUAGAUCAGUUGCAGGAUGAGAAUAAAUGAUGUAAUUAGUUAUAGAAUAUUAAAAUUGUUACGAAAA